ACACAUCGCAGGCGCCACCGGAUCGCUGGCCAUGAGGACCCUGUGGAUGGCGCUGUGCGCGCUGGCGCAUCUGUGGCCCGGGGCCCUAGGUGGCUGCGCCGAGGCGGGGCGCUGUUGCCCUGGUCGGGACCCCGCCUGCUUCGCCCGCGGCUGGAGGCUGGACAGGGUCUAUGGGACCUGCUUCUGCGACCAAGCUUGCCGCCUCACGGGGGACUGCUGCUUCGACUACGCCAGGGCGUGCCCAGCUCGCCCGUGCUUCGUCGGGGAGUGGAGCCCCUGGAGUGGCUGCGCGGACCAGUGCAAGCCGACCAUCCGCGUGCGCAGGCGCUCGGUGCGGCAGGAGCCCCAGAACGGAGGGGCGCCCUGCCCGCCCCUGGAGGAGAGAGCCGGCUGCCUGGAGUACGCCACGCGGCAGGGCCAGGACUGCGCGCACGCCUUCGUCCCUGCCUUCAUAACUACCUCUGCCUUCAACAAGGAGAGAACAAGACAAGCUGCGUCUCCACAGUGGUCUACGCACACAGAGGAUGCCGGAUACUGUAUGGAGUUCAAGACAGAGUCCCUGACUCCUCACUGUGCUCUGGAGAACCGGCCCCUGACGCGGUGGAUGCAGUAUCUCCGAGAGGGAUACACCGUGUGUGUGGACUGUCAGCCCCCGGCCAUGAAUUCUGUGAGCCUUCGUUGUUCUGGAGAUGGCCUGGACUCUGACGGAAAUCAGACUCUUCACUGGCAAGCAAUUGGCAAUCCUCGAUGUCAAGGAACUUGGAAAAAAGUCCGGCGAGUAGACCACUGUUCUUGUCCAGCAGUUCACAGUUUUAUUUUUAUAUAGAUCAUC